AUGAGCAAGUCAUUCAUGGGAAGGGGAUCAGGGAUCCUGGCAGUCGGAUUGUUCUGCCACCUGAUGCAUAUCACGAGGACGGAGGAGAGGGAAGCGAGAGCGCUCGUGAAGGCUGUGCACGCCAUGAAGAUGGUGUGGUGGAAACUCUCGGAGUGUGGACAGGUGGAAGGAGCAUGCGAGGAUGCCAUGGCGCAGUUGCCCAGUGGCCUCGAGCGAUGGGCAAUGCUUCAUGCUCUUGGAGAGGAGCAUGAGAGGAUGUCAUGGAGGGAGGGAGCUUGGAGCUCCUAUCAUGGCCGCAAGGCAUUCUGCUACUACCUUGAGUCAGCGCAAAGCCCAGCGCAUGCUGGCAUGAGCGACGAAUCGUUCCUCAGGAUCUUCGGAAGGGCGUUGAGGGUGGCUGGGAGCAGCAGGAACAUGGCGAUGGCUGGCGAUGUUGCUGGAGAGGGAGGAGGCGCACUAUCCCGUGGAGGAGGAGAGAGCGCUGAGACGCUUCAAGGCAAGCAGUGCAACGCCACUCUCGUUGAGCAUGAGCGGUGGCGAGAAAGGAGGGAGGCGGUUCGGAGGUUUGCCCUCAACUCAGUGUUCCACCCGUGGCAUUGGAGGAAGCACCUGCCCAACCAUGGCGCUCAGUCGCGAGCUGAGGGACCUGAGGGAGGGAGUGAAGAGCUGUACCGGCACGCACAGGUGCAGGAUGUCCUUGUGCGGGUGAUGGAGAAAUUCUGGGUAGAGUUCUCCCCUUGGGAGGCGGGGAGAUACGUGCUUGCCGGUGAGGGAGAGGACCUGCUGACGGUCUUCAGCGCUGUCGAGGCAUGGAGAGGGAGGAGGGACCGCGCGCAUCGAGGCGUCGACGGUCGAUGGUGGGACAGACUGCUGAGGGGCUGUGCGGUCGACGGGCCCAGCAGCCCUUGUCCAGAAGGGCAGUAUGAGAUGGUGGAGAAGGAACUCGACGGGAUGAAAGUGUUGGCAAACGCCAGGCAUCUCCAGCUGAACGCUCAUAUGAACCCUUACAAGGACCUGAGCUCCACAGGGGCUCCACAGGACACGCUCCCAAUCUGGCUGAGGGCCUGCAGGAGGACCUUCCCGCUGUCUCUGGUGCUGCAGCGGCUGCGCAGCGUCUGGAGGAUCAGGACCGCGGUGUUGAUCGUGACGGUGGACAGGGACAUGGUGGAGGGAGUGCUGCGGGAACUUUCAGCAGUGGACUUCAUGCAUGUCCGGGUGUACUUCCAUCCCUUCACUGAGACCAGGGCCUCCCUUGGCUUCCAUGGUUGGGACACGGGGGUCCACCGGCUCAACGCUCACUAUGUCUUCGGGCUCCGCCUCUCCCUCGUCUCCUGCCCAUUCGACUACGUCAUCACCCUCGAAGACGACCUCCUCCCCUCCCCUGACUUCCUUGUUUAUCACCAGGACAUGCGGAAGGUUGCAACCUCGGAUCCAAACAUUCUCUCCAUCCUUGCAUAUCCGAAUGGGCCUGUGCAUGACUGCAGCUACAUCAAAGACAAGCUGCUCAAUCGCAGUGUCUGCCAAGCUGGAUCGGCUGACAUGCUCUACAACGAUCGCUUCUUUGCUGGUUGGGGGGCCGGGCUGUCGCGCCUAAGCUUCCUCCGCUUCCUUCCUGUCUGGAACUUCAGCGGGAUAUACGACGGUAUCAUGAACGGACUCAUUGACCACGAGCUGCACUGCCUGGCCCCCUGCCGGCCGCGGGUUAGGCUGCAUGCAAACGUCGGGCUGCACGGAGAGAGCGAAGCGAGGUGGGACGAUGUGUUCAAGGUCGAUGAGGAGACGAGGCCUGAGAUGUUGGCUGACACAUACAAGAUCCUCAACCACUACAAGGGACUGGAGUAUUCUUUCAAGGGCCGGAGCUCCUCUGGGAUUUACGGGAGAAGGGUGCGGGGCGAUCGGAGGGGAACGGCAGUCGCCCGCCAUGCAGAGCAGGUGGAGGUAUGGGAGCUGCUGCAGAGGAGGUCAGCAGCCAGACGAAUCUUGCUGGACAACUUGUGCAACGGAUCCCACCUCCGAUCACUGUUCGCCGCAGCCAUCCUAGGAAGCACCUCCCCCUCCACAGAGCCUCCGCCGUUCGUAGUCUGGAGCUCCGACUUCCACGUUGGUCCCAUCGCGGACCUCAAGGACAUCUGGCAGGACUUGAGGGUGCGAGGCAGGCGGGUAACGGUCAUCGACAAGAGCCUGUCCGGCUCCUGCUCCUCCCAAGGCACCUGCGCCCAGGGUCUCCGAGUCGUCAACGGCAGCAACGGGCAGGACCUUGGGCCCUCCCCCUCCUCCCUCAUCCAGCAGUUUGUGUCGGAGUAUUCUGACGACCCGCUCAUGGACAAGGUGGAUGCCUUCGUCUGCAACCACCCGCCGGGUAUGUGCGAGCUGUUCCAGCCGCUGAACAAGUCCGUCAUAGUGCAUGCGAGCACGCGGUACGAGAUGGGCCGUUGCUUCUCCGAUGCCAGGCCACAAGGCUGCUCCGACGACCCGGCGAGGUGGAAGGAGUGGAACCAGAAAGUCUCGCAGCUCAUGAGCAGCAGGAAAGACUUUGUCUCUGCGAACAACAGGUACGAUGCUAGGUACAUGCAGUUCUUCCUCGGGAGGACGGUGGAGACUAUCCCGUCCCUCUGCGACAAGCGGCUCAGCUGGUUCCCCAGGAGGAGCGAGAUUUUGCUCUCCAUGCCACAGGCGGUAGAGCAGGCGCUGACUCCUCCUCUCCUGCAAGCCCUUCAACGCAGAGGCCUCGACAAAACCCUCAAGUUCGUCCACAUCCGACGCCUGUACCGGAGGUACGAGCACGCCGACUUGGCCCAGCACCCGGCGAUCGUAUGGGUCCCCUAUCAGGUCUCCGUGAUGUCGUUCUUCGAGCAGUACAGGAUGAACAUCCCUAUCCUCGUCCCCUCCCUCCAGCUGAUGGCCGACUGGAUCGUACUCUACGGCAUGAUGCCGCAGCGAACAUGGGCUGGAGUCUUCGGACAGUGCCCGGUGGGCAGCAGCAUACCUCCCCACCCCUCCGAGAGCAGUGUCCCGGACCCCAAUGACGACAGCAACAUGACGGCUGUCAAAUUCUGGCUUCAGUUUGCGGACUUCUACUCGUUCCCUCAUGUUCUGCAGUGGAGCUCCUUCGACGAGCUUGUGGACUUGGCGUCUGACAGCGACAGGCUCUUCAGAGCGAGCCAAGGGGCUAGGGAGUUCAACCUCGAUCAGGGGAGGGAGGUGCGGGGCAAGUGGAAGAGCGUGUUUGAAUCUAUUCUCACAAGGUAG